AAAAAUCUCGUUGAACAUUGACUUUUAUUAUCGAAUAUUUAUGAAGUUCCGCGCGUCUUAAUGACAGUUUCACAAAUCGAUCGAAUACGAACUAACAGCAAACCCAUCCACCAUGUCCGACGAAAGUAUCACGUUCAAAGAAGACACCGAAGAUUUGCUCUACAUAGCAAAGAAGAUCGAUGUGGACGAAUUCACCUACGUGGAGGAGGUCAGUUGGGCGCGCGAAUCGCUCGAUUCGAAGGGCUCCCUCACCACCAACGCCAUCACCGAAUCCGAAUCGAAGUUGAUCAACAAGAAGAAGGACACCGAACUGGGGCCGGACAUUUUCAAGGACCCCACCGUUCUGCUGAGAACCAGACCUUUCGAUUUCAUGUGGACGUACGGGUGCAAUCCCAGAGUGGAUAUAUUAAACCUCACCGAUGCUGUUAAUCACGAGAUUCUAUUCGCCAGCGGGCAUUUGCCCAUAAUGUACGACUACUGUAAGAAGAAAAUGCAUUACUUGGAAGGCCACCAUUACUCCGUCGUAGCUUUAUCAAUCGACAGCAACGGACAGUAUUUGGUUACCGCUGAUAACGGUGAAGAUGGCUUCUUAAACAUAUGGGAUUGGUCCUUGAGAAACACGGACACGGGAAAAGUCGCUCCCCUUUACUCCAUGUACUCGCUUUACGAGAAAUUCGGCAUCAGCACGGCCGCCAUAAGUCCCUGCGCUCGAUACAUAGUAACAGUCGGCGGUAUAAAGGAAGAUGUUUAUUCCAUAGAUAUGUGGCUGUGGACUUUAGGAAACAAGUCAUCCGAUGGAUCCGUCCGGGUGCCGUCCACUCACGGAACACCGAUCGCAGUCCGAUACAAUCCCGACAUCACCGAGCACAUAAUGAUCCUAUUCUCCAAGCAAGUGCUCCUGCUAUGUUGGGACAACGAGCAGAAGAAGUUCACGCUGGCCGAAACGCCGCAGAUCCGGCACAUGACGAAGAUCGGCCAUCUGACGGACGCCACCUACGUGGAGGAAUGUCACGAGUGCUUCGUGUCGAGCUCCAAGGGGUGCAUCUUGUCCUUCAGCAACGCCCUCUACUCCAAGCCGUACGAGGAGGGCGAAUUGGACAACAACAAGAUCUUCAGGAACGCCUGCAAGAUAUCGGACGGCUCGAUCGAUUGCUGCAAAUCCACUGAAGGGUUGAUUGUAGUGGGCGAUGCCCGCGGGCGCAUCUUCUUCUUCAACAAGCGACUGAUGUUGAUGUAUUGGCUGACGGAUUUCAAUUUGGGCGCCGUGGAAUCCGUAAGCUUCAAUUUGAUACCGAGGGUCAAGCGGAAGCGCAGCAAUUUGUAUUACGUCGCUCCGACCGACGAGGACGGUUUGUUAACGUGCGACUUCGAAGACAGAGUGGAGGAAUAUGAGGUGUUGCUCAAGAAUCAAAUACCGCACGAUGCGACGAUCAAUCGAGCGCCCUUCAUUACGAAAGAUUUUUUUGUUUCGACCGGUCAGAGCAACAUCUAUGUAGUAGAUGUUAUCAAGCAAAAGUGCGUGGCAUUGUUCCCCGUGGCAGAUGGAAACGUUGUAGCGAUCGAAACUCAUAAAGAAUCCGAUUACAUAAUCAUCGCCUACAGAAGCAACAGGAUGAUUUUGCUGAAUUACAUAACCAACGAGGUGCUUGCUCAAAGCUGUCUGCCCAAAAGCGAGGAGGAGUCGGUGAUAAGCUGCUUAAAUUACGACGCUGAAUCUUUGCAUUUAGUAUGCGGUAAAACCAACGGAGAGAUUUGGGUGCUGGAGCCCGUUUUGUUGACUCCUAAACAGUCGGAACCGUUCCAAAUCACCAAACACAAAGUGGUGAAGUGUUUGAUUUCAUCGCAGCCUUUUCAAUUCGCCUAUUUUGAUGAUAAUAGAACGAUAGUGAUAUUUCAAUACAACAAAAACGAAGGGAAAUGGGAAUUUAAAGGGAAAAUUAGACCGCAUUACGGAGACAUCACCGAUAUAUUGUUUUUACCAGACAAGGUUUACUCGAAACUAUACAGUAUCGCAGAAGACAGACACAUAAUUGAAUACAACAACGAUAAAUUAGACACCGAAUCAUUCGCAGUGAAAAUCUCGGAGAGAGUAGAACAAACGGCCAUACCGAAAUGUAUGAUCUAUUGGGUGACCGAGAACGAAGAAGGCAAAAAAGUGGGCUAUCUUUUGGUCGCAGACGAUCACCACAAGUUGAAGUUCUUGUACUUGACUUCCAAAGUGCCGAAAUCGACCGUGCUCGCGCCGGCGUUCGGUUGCUUCAAAAAUCAAAUUAUGAAGAAAAUGCAGUUAAUACCUGGUUACGAUGCAAAGUUUAUGGCAUUUUCCACGACCAGGCAUUGCGGUAUUCAAAUUUUACCGCCUGAUGGAAACCCAUACACUUACGUAGGAUAUUUAACGCAUCCUGUUAAGUUGGAAGAUUUCGCUUUAUCCAAAGAUGGAAAGUACAUCUUUACCUUCGGUUCCAACGAUCACUGCGUUUUUAAAUGGGGAAUAGAAACUAAAUCCGUGGAGAUCAUGAAGUGCCUGGGAGGGAAAGAACUGGAUCCGUUUUACUGUCUCAUAGAAGGCGGCUACCACGGCUGGUUGUUCCACGAAAUAAAGGAUUUGUUCUAUUACAUGCAAAUAUUGCAGCAAGAGAACAUCGAUCUGCCACGCAGAGUGUCGGAUUCGAUUAGUAUCAGCGAAAUACCCGAUUUGUUUAGGACCAUCGGGUUCUAUCCGUCGGAUUUCGAGCUCGAAAAUAUACUGAUCGACGCGAAAUAUCGCAAUAUAGACGAAACGAAUCGAGCGAACGACGAUAUUUCGUUCAUCGAAUUCGUGAAGUUGUACUGCAAUCACAAGCCGGUGUACGGAUACUUCCUGGACGAUCUGAAAGAAGCCUUCAACAAAAUGGCACUCUGUUCUAAUGAAAAGAGAUCCAGUGUUUUUACCAAAGUUGACAUUUCCAGAGAUAAUUUUAUAGAAAUUUUGACUACGCAAGGGGAGAAAAUACCGCAUGCGAAGGCGCUUCAGUAUUUCAGAACGUUAAUGAGAGUGGAACAGACUCAAGAAAAUUUCGAUUUUUUGCCAGAGAUAAUAAAUUUCGAAACGUUGUUUGAAGACAUCCUUGGCAUCGACAUGGAAAGGGAACACGUUUUAGAGCCGGAACAAUCCAGCGAUGAGGAACAACAGCCCGAUUCUAAGUCGUCACAACGCGCCGAAGGCACCUCUAAAAGUUUUCAAAAAAGCAAACUGCUACUUUUUGACGAAUUGGCGUAAAUUCCCCCUGACUAUAAUGUUAAAUAUUGUUAGAUAAUAGCCUGGUCGAUUAGGUCAAAAAUACACCGAAUCGUAUCACAAGCAAACAAUCGUCCUGUUGAAAUGAUUAAAAACUUUUUAUACAGGGCGUGUCAUUUGUAAACUGUACUUUUAUUCGUUAUCUACACCGUGCUUCAUUCGCGAUUGCAACAUGAGCAUUUUUAUGAGUCGAACAAAGAAAGAUUAUUAAAAUAACAGUUGUCAGAAUGAAAAGUUGGGAUGACAUAAUAUCACUAUUACUUUUUCCUUUAUAAGUGUCUAAUUGAAGUUGUCUCUGUUGCACCCAUAGCCUAUGUUACAAUGAAAAAUGGAGCAAUCCGUAUAUGAUUGAAUAGGUGAUUGGAAAAAGGAUUAAAUUUCCAGUGGACCUUAAUUUUGGGAAAUCAAAAAAAUACUUUUUUCGUCACACUAUUACUAUUGGUCAAUUAUAAACUGUGACAAAGUACGUUUGAUGCCAAAGUUUCAACGGUUUAUAAUUCUUGGGUAACUAGCUAUUGGUAUUUGAAAGUACAAACAUUUUAUCCUGUUUUCACUCAAAAUCCAAAAAAUAGUUAAAAAAAAGUUAGAACUUUUUUUUUCAACAUCUUUGUCACUCUUUGUGAAGUAUUGAUCUCAUCCAGCUUUUGAAAUCAACUAGCUAUAUCGGUAUUAAUUAGCCGCUUUACUUGAAACUUUGGGAUUAGUUUCUUGGAAAAAUGUCUGUCGCAGUGAAUAAAAAUAUAUCUAUAUAACCUCGGAUAGGAAAAUAUUAAUGAAUUACCUCAAAUCUGCCAUUCAUGCUCAGCACAGUUAACAACCUGGUUAAAAUUCCAGGAAUAUUAUUCUUUUUUCCACUCCACCAAUUUUUUCGCUCAGCGGGAAGAUAAGAGAAAUUAGAACAAAAUGACUAUCUCACUUUAAUUCGCCAAAUUUUUGGAAUUUUAUCCUUUUCCAAUCACCCAUUCAAUUGUUUUUGUUUACUUAAAUUACUCCUCACUCUUGUCCUUUUUAUAAGUAAUAAAAAGAAACGAACAAUUAGAAAAUUAAUUUAUUGAAUAUAAAACUACUUGGUAACAUCAGUCUAAAUAUCACUCUGGAGAUUUAAAAAGUAAAACUUAACUCAAUAAAAAUACAAUCGAUUUUUGAGCAAAUCCUCAAAAAAAAAUUACGCCAAUUUAUUUAAAAACGAAACGCUAAAUAAUAAAAAAAACACAACGCUUUAACUUAAAAAAAUAAAUAUACACAAAACGGAUAUGCAAUUAUUUACCAACCAAUUCCAAACCGCAGGAACAUCCCUUACCGAUCUCGCUCUACCGUUAAACAUUAAAAACUACAACGUUAAAGCGUCGCAACUAAACAUAAAUCAAAAUCAAAUUCAAAACUAGUGGUGGAAGAAAAACGUUUAAUCAAGCUUUUUCUGUCCAACUUUCGAUUUAGCGUUCUCCACCAAGUCGCUAAAAAUCUUCGACAAAAUCUCGGUGCCCUUCUGCAGGAAGCCGUUGUAAAUCGUACCGGGCAACAGCAGCACCAUCACCACGAACAGGUACGACAAUAGCAGGUUGUUCACCGCGUUUCCCAACCAGGCCAGCGCAAACAGCCCCGCAAUCGUAAUACCAAAGU